AUGGCGGGCAUCUUCGUAAACCCGAACUCAACCCGCCACCAUUUGUUCGGAGAAAAUCAAGAAAUGACGAUGUUCGAUUUAAACGCGAGCCUCAACGAGGACGAGGUCAUGUCCGACUCCCCAAACGCCGCCGGGGGCAGUGACGUACUGUCGCCGCUCAGCGGCGGCCAGCCGAAGCUCUGCUCCCGCGGCCACUGGCGGCCGGCCGAGGACUCCAAGCUCCGGGAGCUCGUCGCCCUUUAUGGACCCCAAAAUUGGAACCUCAUUGCCGAGAAGUUACAAGGCAGAUCAGGGAAAAGUUGUAGGCUGAGGUGGUUCAACCAGCUGGACCCGAGAAUAAACCGGCGGGCCUUCACGGAGGAGGAGGAGGAGAGGCUAAUGGCGGCCCACCGGCUAUACGGCAACAAAUGGGCCAUGAUAGCCCGACUAUUCCCGGGCCGGACGGAUAAUGCUGUUAAGAACCAUUGGCACGUCAUCAUGGCCCGAAAGUACCGGGAACAGUCGACCGCUUACCGUCGCCGGAAAAUGGGCCAGUUUGUUCUCCGGAAGGCGGAGGAUGACGAGGCUCCGCCGCCCUUGGGAGGAUCUCCGGUGGCGGAGCCGGGAUUCGGAGGCGGCGGCGGUGGAGGAUUGUGGGCAACGCAGGUUUCUUCUCUUGGUUAUUAUCCAGGUUUUCACAGUGCUAGUACAAGUCAUGAUAUGAUGAGCGUUUUCAGCAGUGGCAGUAAAAAUCAAUGGGGUAUGGAAUCUGAAUCGUAUAAUAAUUACCGCAAUUCGAGUUAUCCGUUUGCCGUGCAAAUGCCGGAAUUUUUCGGCUCGUCUGUGGCUCGGGAGGCUUCGCCGAUGGAAAUAUCGGCCGGCGAGGAUAAUGUACCUCCACCUUUUAUAGAUUUUCUUGGUGUUGGGGCUUUGUGA